AUGGAAGAACAAAAUCUUGAAGGAAGGUUAUCUGUAUCAUUGGUUCAUCAUCGUUUCAAAAACGUUUUCGGAUUUGGUCACUUUAACAAGCUACAGUCAGCCUGUUUUCACAAAAUUUAUGAUUCCGAUGAUAAUGUUGUAAUUUCAGCUCCAACAGGAUCAGGAAAGAGUUGUUGUUUGGAAUUGGGAAUGAUUAGAGUAUUGGAAAAGUAUUAUGGAAAAAAGCAAGAACAAGGAAAACACAAGAUUAUUUACAUUGCGCCAGUGAAGGCUUUGGUGCAAGAGAAGUACAAUGAAUGGAAGCAAAAGUUUUCCUCUCUCGGGAUUAAUGUUGGAGAGUUGACUGGUGACACUCAUCAAGUGACAGCAGAGACUUUGGAACCAUUUGAUAUUAUAUUAACAACACCAGAGAAAUAUGAUUCUUUGAGUAGAAAAUGGAGAGAUGACAGUUGUUUGAAAUUUGUGAAGUCUACAGAGUUGAUUCUUAUUGAUGAAGUUCACUUGUUGAAUGAGGAAAGAGGAGCUGUUUUAGAGGCAAUAGUAUCCCGUAUCAAGAGCAUUUCCUCAAUUCAAAAUCAUAGCUCACGAAUUAUUGCUCUAUCAGCUACAAUUCCAAACAUUGAGGAUGUAGCCACUUGGUUGGAUGUCUCACAAUCAAAUGUAUUGGUAUUUGGUGAUGAGUAUAGACCAUCCAAACUUGAAUUAAGGUCCAUUGGAUUUACAAAUGAUAAGAAGAAUUACUUUGCCUUUGAGAAAAUGUUAGAUAAGAAAUUAUUUGAUAUUAUCAAAUCUGAGAGUCACGAGAAACCGACUCUUGUUUUUUGUAGUAGCAGAAAUUCCACAAUGAAGAGUGCUCAACAAAUUGUCAACGAUUCAAAUUCUUGCAAAACCAAUUACUUUAUCACAUCCAAUGAACAGAAAGAGAGACUCACUGCAAAGUCCAAAAAUGUUGAAGAUCAACAACUCAGAGAAAUGAUUGUAUUUGGAGUUGCCUUUCACUCAGCACAGCUUUCCUCUAACGACCGUAAUAUUGUAGAGUCAUUGUUUUCAAAUAGGGAGUUGAGUGUAAUUUGUACCACCUCCACCCUUAGUCAAGGUCUCAACACCCCAGCAUAUUUGGUCAUUAUCAAGGGAACCAAAAUCUAUCAAUCUGGAACCGGAUAUAAGGAAUAUCCCAGUAUGAAUGUUCUUCAAAUGAUUGGUAGAGCAGGAAGAGCUGGUUUUGAGGAGGCUGGUCUUGCUUUGAUUUUAACUGAAUCUAAUAUGGCCGAAACCUAUCAGAACCUUGCAAAUAACAAUUAUGUCAUUGAGUCUACUCUUCACAAAUACAUAUUCGAACAUUUAAAUGCUGAAAUAUGCCUACAAAGUGUAAGAGAUCUAACCGAAUCUACCUAUUGGCUUAAAUCAACAUUUCUCUAUGCGAGAUUGCAGAAAAACCCAGAAUAUUACGGGCUCACAACUUCAGAAGACCUUGAGAAGAAAGUGGAAGAAAUUCUCGAGAAGAGAAUCACAGAGCUUGGUGAUAAUCAAAUAAUUAACAUUGAUGGAACCCUAAUCAAACCAACUCCUCUUGGUCAAGUAAUGUCAAGACUGUACAUUCAAUACAAAACCAUGUUGCUCUUACUGAGCUCUAUUGGAAGUAAGAUGAAUGAAAAGAAAAUUCUCCAACUUGCUUGCACUGCUGAGGAAUUUGCAGAAUAUGCCAUUCGGCAAGGUGAAAAAGGAGUACUCAUAUCAUUGAAUCAAAAUGAAAAGAUCAAAUAUCCAUUGAAGAAAAAGAUAGAAAUGGCAAGAGAGAAGGUUUUUGUCCUUGUUCAGAGCGUUCUUGGAUCAAUUACAAUAGAGUCUGUCAGUUUGAGACAACAAUCUGUCACCCUUAGAUCACCUCUUUCGAGAAUAUUAUCUUGCCUCUUUGAAAUUGCAAAGAAUUUGGGCUUUGGUGUGACCUGCAGAAAUGCAUUCAAAAUGGCCAGAAAAGUGCAAGUUGGAUCUUGGAAU